GAAUACUUGGCCAGCAAAGGAUUCAUUCAUCGUGACCUGGCAGCCCGUAAUAUCCUACUUGGUGAGGACAGAGUGGUGAAGAUUGCUGAUUUUGGUUUGUUACGCCACGCAAAUGAGAGUGAAAUAUACGAAGUUACGAGCGUACACAAGCUACCAAUGAAAUGGAUGGCACCUGAGGCGUUGGAAAGCGGCAUGUUUACUUUCAAGACUGAUGUGUGAGUAUAUGUUAACGAGGUCACAGUUAGGCCAUGCUUAGGCUUCCCGUGAUGCAGUGUGAAGUUGAGGUUUUAGAUAACAUAGACCUUGCAAUGUACUGUUUAGAACUGUCUGAAAAAAAAAAAAAAAAGAGCACAAUUUUGAUCAUGACACUGUCUACAGUAGCGGCUAUCACUCUAUCUAAAGAAAUACUCAAGCGUUUGGAAAACAUUAGCCUGUUCCAGGCGUGAAACUUGGAAAAUAAGAUAUAUAAACAGAAUCUUUGAGCCACUGAAGUUAAUCUGAGACCAUCUUGGAUCCUAGAUUCCACGCUCCACAUCCCGCAUUCCAGAUACUAGAUUCCGGAUUCCAACUCAGUGUAUUCCAGACUUCAAAAGGCCUAGAUUCCAGAAUUUCAUAGUUAGCAGGAUUACAGAUUUUAAAGUCCAUGACUCCACUCAAAAAUUUCGUGGAUAACCAUCCAUGAGGCGAGAUAAACAAAAUUGAUAUUUCUAUGAAUUUAAUUCUUGCUAUUUCUUUAUCUGCUUCCUUUUAAUGCAGAUGGUCUUUUGGAGUUGUUUUGUGGGAACUAGCCACCAUGGGUAAGUUAGUUUUAUAAAUCUUUGUUUUCUGAUGCUGGUAGAAUAAUACUCUAGUCAUUUUGUUAUACCUGAGGGAAUUGAGAGGAAUCCCCAAUGACAGUAGUUAGGGAAAAGCUGACUGUUCAGUUUUAGGAAAGCAGUCACCGGAGAAUAUAAUGUCAUGAUUGCUAAACAACUAGAAAAAAAUAAUAGGCUAACUUCCGCCGCUCUCCUAGCCGUCUCCGUCUUUACCGGGGAGGAGCGCAGGCUCAUAAUAAUCCAGCCUAUAAGUCAUACCCUUAUCUGAUAUCACGUGUCACUUGGAGAAAUGAAUACUCAGUAAUGGUAAAUUUGUACAUUACGUUAUUUUAAUCCCUCCUGGAGGUUGGUAAAUUGAUAAUACAUGAUGGUCAUUGAACUGAGUGGAGAGCAAUUUGUACAGGUAAUCACAUGAUUUCGAGUGCAAUUUGGAAUAAAUAAGCACUCGUAAAUUUUUUCAAAGGCUAACAAAAUUGCACGAGCCCGUAGGGCGAGUGCAAUUUGUGGUCUUUGAAAAAAUUUACGAGUGCUUAUUUAUUCCAAAUUGCACGCGAAAAAUUAUGUGAUUACUUAUUAAUAAUAUUCAUAAAAAAAUGCGAGAUAGCUGUAAAAUCUCUUUAAUAGGGAGUCAACCCGCGUAAACUACGUGCAAAAAUAAAUUGUUCAAAUGCUGCAAAUAUCAUCACAUGCACGUGCAGUCAAAACAACAUUUUGCUCGAUGUUUUUAAAGUUUGCAAGCUUCAGAAACGGGCUGAACAGUUCAUGGAGUUGUUCAAUGUGUCUGAAAUAAAGAUUUUGGGUUAUUACCUCGAGUUUUCCGCUCUUCCAGAGAAUUUCUUCUUCCUCCUCUGAUACUUGCCGAGCUUUGUUUGGGCGCUUACCACGGCCAACCAAGCGAAGCUGUUUCGCUUUUUCCUCCAACACCUCUUUGGAGGAACUAAAUUCUCGGUCACGUAUAAUGGACAGGGUGCAGCGUUUGUUCUUUAAGUGUCUAUCAAGCGAUGCCUUCAUUACUUUAAGGCUUUUUGGUUCAUAAAUCUUCACCUUUUUUGUAUCGUUUACUUCGGCGUAGAAAUGCUCGGGCAAAGUGUAAAGCUCAGCCGGCUCAUAAUUUUCUAUUUCAUCAGUAAUUUCCUUACCUACGCACCAAUUCUUCCAAAAAGAGAGCCAAAAACCAGUGCUUUUCGCAGUGUUUUCGUUUUUAGAGCAGUUUUUCAGCUCCUCUACAGUUGUUUCGGUCGCAAAAGUAAAUGUGCUGCAAUCGCCAACCAUUGCGGUUUUUGCUCGAAACUGGUCCGGAGCGGAUCCAAAUUUUGCGCCAUUUAGAUCACGCAUUUGAUUGGCUCUCGGUGAGUUCCUUUGUUUAUUAGCCAAUCAGAAUGUCACGUUUGUUACUCUUUUCUGCACUCAAUUACCUUUUUUCUGCACUGUGUUACCUAAAAACUGCAUUCCUCGUAGCCAAUCACAAUCGAGAAAUUUUUUCAUGUAUAUUAUUAGGUCUGAAAUCAUACGCGUGAUUUCGAGCGCGAGUUCGAAUGGAGAUCAGAAGUAUGAUUUCAGACGAAAAUUGCACGUCACGAAGUGAAAUUAUCACUUUAUUACAGCCAUUUUGAAAUCGCAGAAUUCAAUCCGUACCAGCAGUGAUUGGCCGUGUCACCAGAUAAGUUAGCUCGUUAUCCCCUAUACUCGUUAACAUAUAUUCUGAAGCCAUGCUAAGAGAUGCUUUAAGUGGUGUGAAUAAAACAGUAAAACUCUUGUCUUCUUGAUGAACGCUUUUAUAUUUAGUAGGUUAUAUUAUUGCUCCACGGUUUGGAGCAACACGACUAAAGAAAACAUUAAGAAACUUCAAUUAAUCCAAAAUUUCGCAUGUAGAAUCCUUUUAGGCCUAAAGAAAUUCGAUCAUAUCACGGAAGGCCUGAAAUCUCUAAAUUGGCUUAAUGUGAAUGACAGACUGCUUGUAAACGACUUAUUAAUGGUUCAUAAGUGUAUUCAUGGCCUGAUACCCAACUAUCUUACUGGAAAAUUUAUUCAGCGUUCGAAGAUUCAUGGCAGAAACACUAGAGGCAGUGGAGAGUUAGACCUUCCAAUUUGUAGAUUAAAAACAGGGCAACGAUCAUUUACUUUUCGGGGUGCAAAGUUGUAUAACAACCUCCCAAACGAGAUUAAGCAAACUUCCGAUCUUAAAAAGUUUAAGGCUAAAAUCUGUAAAUAUUUGUUAAAUUUGUAACUUUUAGUUUUUAGCAUAUUAGGAUAUAUUCAUGUAAUUAGUUGUUACUAUUGACGGCGGAAGAGCCCUAGACAGGGAGCUGUUCAAAUAAAGUACGUAUGUAUGUAUGUAUGUAUGUAUGUAUGUAUGUAUGUAUGUAGGUAUGUAUGUAUGUAAUAAAAGUAUUCGAGUGGCAGGUCAUCUCAUUAAGACAGUGAGCUUUGCGGAUGAUCAAGCAACCUUAGCCAAUUCAGUUAAAGGUCUGCAACUUAUGAUGGGCAAAAUGCAGUAAAGCGCGGGGGAAUAUGAUAUGAAGAUCAAUGUUGAGAAGACUAAGCUGAAGAAAAUCAGUAAGAGGCCUGGUGAGGAAUUCACGAUCUUUCUUGAGGGUAAACAAUUAAGCCAAGAAUCGUCGCACUUUAACUACCUUGGGAGCCUCAUUACACAGGAUGGAUCCUGUGAAAAAUAAAUUAGAUCGAGAAUAGCCCGAAAACGCGUUUACUAAGAAAAAAGAACUGCUGACAAAAGCCUUCAGCGCGCUAGCCUUGGUCUGAAGAAGAGAAUUAUAAGGACUGUCAUCUGGGGUUCUCUUCUGAAUGGAGCCGAAUGAUAGACCUUAAAGAAACAGUACGUGCGAAGGCUGGACAGUUGUGGGAUGUGGCUUUGGAGAAAGGUUUUAAACAUUACUUGGUCUGACAAAGUCUGUAACGAAGAAGUUUUGAGGCGUGUCGGUGAGGAGAGGGCCAUCAUAUCUGUUAUCAACGGAAGACAGAGAGUCUGGCUUGGUCAAACCCUACUACAUAGUGAUCCUGUCCCAUUAGUUAUUGAGGGAAGAAUACCAGGAAAGAGACCACCUGGAAGACCUCGAGCGGGAAUGCUGGAUAGAGUGAAGGAUGACAGCUCUUACGUAGCGGUCAAGAUGCUUGCCUUAGAUCGAGAAACAUAAGGAAGGACUUGCCUGUGGGCAGAUCAAAUAGCCUGUUAAAAAGCGGAAACAAAAGGGCUUUUACAUCUCAUUUUGUAUUCGAAACAGAAAUGAUACCAUAAAAAGCAAGGUGCGACGGUGCGACGUGGUUUAGAACAUAAAUAACGCGAUUUAGAACAGAUAUGAUUGUGUGAUUCGUAAAUAAAUCACACUGCUGAGAGCCAAUCAGAUUGCAGGGAUCACCAGCGAUUUCAAAAUGAAAAAUAAGAAAAGCUCAAAAAUCUUUGAUAAGACAGCAUUGAUCUUUAUUUUGUUAUUUUAGGGGGUACUCCAUACCCUGGGAUAAGCCCUAUGAGGCUAUGCAGCUUACUUAAAUCUGGAUAUCGGAUGGAGAAACCCAACACGUGCAGCGAUGAAAUGUAAGUCAAAAUAGAAAUAAUAACAGACAUCUAAAUAGAGGGCACGAUGAAGAAAUGUACAUAGUCCUUCAAACAGUUUUUUUUUUCUAAAAUUGUCAGCCUUUUCAAAGGAGUGGAAACUGCAGCGCGCCUCUUUUCUUUACGUUACCUCAUUCUAAAAAGAGCCUAUAGAACAUAAGUGUCUUCAAUAUUCAAAGUAAAUGGAGACAUAUCUUUGUGUAGCGGUAUUUUAAACUAUGGCUUCCUUUUUCAACAGAUACAAAUUGACGAUGGACUGCUGGAAGGAGGAUCCAAAUGAACGACCCUCAUUCGCUCAACUAAUACCGAUACUGGAAGAGAAGGUGACAGAAGAUACGCCUUACUAUUAUUUCAGACUAUUGGAUCAGAACCAGCCAUGUUACCGUGAGGCAUCCGCUACUAACACCAGUAAAACUAGUACUCUAGAUACCAAGCUGUAA